AUGGAGGACUCCAUGAGCUCCGCCACCACGCUGACCACGCCGCAGGAGCAGGUGGACAGCCUCAUCGUCCAGAUCGCGGAGGAGAACGGCCUGGAGAUCAUGGACCAGCUCAACCAGCUCCCCGAGGGGGCUUCGGCGGUGGGGGAGAGCUCGGUCCGCACCCAGGAAGACCAGCUGUCGCGGAG